UCGUACAUCGGACAUCGGAUCGCGGUGUGAAUCGUACAUUAUACAAGUAAAACUGGGUUGUAGAUCUCGUGUUGCAGUUGGCGCCAAAAUAUACUUGUGUUGAUACGAGCAAAGUGUGUGACACAUAAGUUGUAAAAUACGCAAAUUUAUUACUAUAAUAUUUAAUUGUUUAAAUUUUAUCAGUUAAUAAACAUGCCACUAAUAAUAAAUCCAAUGCGAUAUGCUCAUCAAGAAGGACAUACUGACGUUUGUUAUUAUUCUGGUCAAACGAAAGGACUUAUCACUUGUGGAUGCGAUGGAGAUGUCAGAUCUUGGUUGAGUAUAAUGGAUGAUGAUCCAGCCACAAGCUGUAUCUCUGAACAAGCAAUUACAGUAAUUUCGAAGGAUGGUAAAAUCUUUGUGGGAAAUGAUAAUAACACAGUGCAAAUACUUACUUAUCCUGAUUUGGAGAAGGAAGGGAUAGUUACUAGAUUUUCAGCACCAGUCUCAGCAUUAGCUACAGCAAAAGACAGUAAAUUGAUUGUAUCUGGAUCCUGCGAUAUGCGGAUACAAGUCACAAAUAUCAAUACAUUAGAUAGCACAGAAUUAGAGGGUCAUGAAGCACCUAUCUUGGGCUUGUCCUUAGAUCCGAAAGAAGAAUUUGUAGCAUCUUCUAGUGCAGAUGGAUCCAUUCGGAUUUGGAAUAUUAAGGAAAAGCGAGCUAUACAUACUUGGAAUAACAUUGUGCCAAAAUCUAACUCUUUUUUUACUGCAAAAUUAUAUUGCACUCCCUCUUUUAAAUGUACAGAUGGUAGCUGCCUUGCAUAUCCAUCUAACAAAGAUGUAGUAGUGGUGGAGAGAUCAUCCUGGAAGGAAUUGUAUAGACUGAAAUAUUCUAAUUUAAAAACUGAACUUAGUAUUUGCAAAUUUUCUGAAUGUGGCAGACGUAUAGCUGCUAGUUCACUAUAUGGAGAAAUGAUUGUCUGGGAUGUAGAAACUAAAAGUGUGAUUGGAUACCUUGAACAUGAACAGAAUGCCAAAAUUACCGCGUUGGUUUGGCACUUAGAAUCCAAUGAAAUUGCAUUCUGUGAUACACUUGGAAAAUUAGGAUGUAUUGAUGUGGUAAUCCCUGAUAAAUCCGACAUUGAAGUAAUUCCGGAUUCUGAAAGAAAUGGACAUGUGACAGUAGAUGGAGUAGAAGACGACGAAGUAGACAUUGACGGAGAAAAUGUGAUAUCGUUGGAUAAAAUCAAGGCUUCUACUGGUUUGCAGGAUGACGAAAAGGAGGAUUCCGACGACGACAAUUCAGAUGCACCUUCGAAUGAUAUGAAAAUUGUAGCCGAUCUACAAUCGUGUUUCCAAUCGGGGUCAACACCUUCUCAUUUAAUGUCGUAUUACAUGGUUUGGAACGAUGUAGGAAUGGUCCGAAGUUUUUCGCAAGAUGACGAGAAAGAUUACAGUAUCGAGGUAGAGUUUCACGAUGCUGCAGUUCAUCGUAGCAUGCAUAUUAAUAAUUACCUGAAACAUGCAAUGGCUGCUUUGUCCACCCAAGCACUCGCAAUGAGCUGCCAAGCGUCAGAGGAUGGUCCUAGUAAAAUUGUCGUGUUAGCUCUGCAAGGUUGGGGUACUGGAAAUAAAGAGUGGUCUGCGGAUAUGCCGGAGGACGAACAAGUGGAGUGUAUAGCGGUCGGCGACACCUUCGUAGCAGUUGCCACAUCUAGAAGAAAUCUAAGAAUAUUUAUGAUAGGAGGCACACAACGCGAGGUCUUAGGAUUGCCCGGGCGCGUGGUUACGAUGAAUGGUCUAAGGAAAGACUUGCUAAUAGCUUAUCACACUGCCGUUGGUACGGGUGGCGAUCAGCACAUAAAUCUGCUGUGGAUACAAGUGCAGGGAGCAUCUUUACGAAGCCAAACUCUUCCCGCACCCCUGUCGCCAAGUUCAGACCUCAUGUGGUUGGGAUUCACCUCUGAUGAGGGCUCUCCUACCACUAUGGAUGCUGAUGACGUUGUUAGAAUAUAUGACAAGAGGUCCUGCCUGUGGAGAGUGGUGUGCGAUACAAAUCUAAUGAAUAAGGGCAAGGCGGAUCAUUACUUCAUGAUCGGUGUUAGCGAACGCGAGCGAAUUAUGCGCUGUAUCCUCUGCAAAGGCGGCUUCUAUCCACCUACAACACCGCGUCCAAUAGUUACCGAGGUGCCUCUGUCUGCGCCUCUGUGCGAACCGGAAUCGGAAAAAACCGAGAAGGAACGUAAAUUGUGGCAAUUAGGAAGCAGUCCAUCGAAUGAAACUGAGGCAAUAUUAAUUCUAAUAGCACACGCUUGCCGAAACAAUUUGGAAUAUCGCGCGGUGGAUAUCUGCGAACAAAUUGCGUCCGUGGAAGCAAUAGACAUGGCUAUCAAGUACGCCAGGCGUAUCAAUAAAAGGGCGUUGGCAAGCAAAUUAGAGUCGAUCGCUGAAAUGAAGGAGAAAAAGGAAGAGGAUAAAAACAUAGAGAAUUGUCAGGACAGUUUCGCGAUCAAUGACGACUUUAAUAAUAUUCACGAGGAAGAAACAGAUGAUGUGCUUUCAGUUACCGCUAAGCAACCAGAUGUGGAAAUUAAGCCGUUAGCGGUAACUGUGAAGAGAGUAAACCCAUUUCUAAAAUCGGAAAACUCGUCCCCGUCGGCAAGAGGUUUAGCCGGUUUGAAUAAUUUGCCGGAGAAAUCUCAGAAAGUUGCAUUAACGAAAUUCGUACCUGCCAAGUCGAAGUCGAAGGAUGUCCCUAAGAAAGAAUCAUUCGUUAACUGGUACGCGAAGAACAAGAAGAAUUUACAAGAAGAAUUUCCUGAUCUAAGUAUCCCUGACUUAACUAAGAUCGGCUUAACACGAUUCAAAGAGCAGACGGUGAAAUCGAGUUCUGAUACUGAGACAUGCUCGACGACGAAAGAAGAGAGCAAGAAACGGAAAUUAAAUAGUCUUAUACCAUUGGAUCCCAUCCAGGAGGCAAUGGGUCAUAUGGGCCCGUGGCAUAUCGUGAUUGCGGUAGCGAUUUCUCUUGUCAAAUUUCCUGUAGCCUGGCAUCAGCUCUCCAUCAUAUUCCUCGCACCGCCCACUAAUUUUACGUGCGUCGCGCCGUUAUCAGUCACAAAUGAAUCCAUGUUUAUGAAAUGCGAAGUAGACGUAGGAAACAGCACUGUGGAAGAAUGUACCAGCUUUAGAUAUGAUAAGCGAAUAUUCCGAGAGAGUAUUAUAACGCAGUGGGACUUAGUAUGCGACAAAGAACAAUUAACGAACUUUGCGCAGUCCUGUACAAUGUUUGGUGUGUUAAUUGGCAAUUUAAUCUUUAGUAUGAUGGCUGAUAGAAUUGGUCGAAAGAAACCAUUGAUGAUCGCGAUCGCGUUGCAGUCGAUCACAGGGUUUGCGAGCGCAUUCGCACCGUGGUACGAAUUAUUCCUGGUGCUUAAAACCGCCUGCGCCUUGGCCACUGGUGGAACGAUGCUCGUUACCUUCGUUUUACUUAUGGAGAUUGUUGGGGUUGAAUGGCGGUCGACUGUAUCUGUCUUGUUCCAUGUACCGUUUUUGUUUGGACAUCUCAUGAACCCAUUAAUAUCUUAUUUGACACGAACGUGGUAUGGGUUCCAAAUGGCCAUCUCGAUACCCUCCAUUUUUCUAUUAACAUAUUAUUGGGUCAUCCCAGAAUCUCCGAGGUGGUUAUUAGCCGUAGGCAAACCCAGACAAGCGGAACAAAUUCUUCUGAAAGCUGCUAAUCGGAACAAGAUAUCGGUAGAAAAUGUGAAAUUAGCUCUCGAAACUCACGAAAACCAGGCAGCAAUCCGACUGGGAAAGAGCAGCGAGAAAUAUAAUAUUACACAUUUAUUUAGAACUCCGAAUAUGAGACUGAAGACUAUAUGCAUAGCGCUCAACUGGUUCGUUUGCGGCAGCUGCUUCUUCGGGUUGGCGCAAUACGUGGGCCACAUCGACGGCAAUAUAUUCAUUAAUGUCGCCGUUUCGGCCGUUAUGGAACUGCCGGGAACCGUGAUAGUUUUGUUUUUGAUAUCACGAGUUUCCCGUUUAAAAAUCUUGAUGGGUGGAAACAUUUUGUCCGGUGUGAGCUUGAUCCUAAUAACUGUGGUGUCCGAUGUGAAUGUCCGAGUAUUUUUGGCUUCGCUCGGUCUCGUAGGAAUGGCUAUCAGUUUCCCCACAAUAUACUUGUACAGUGGCGAAGUAUACCCAACUGUCGUGAGAAACGUUGGCGUUGGUUUGGGAAGUAUCUCCGCCAGGAUUGGAAGUAUUAUCGCACCAUACAUCGCCACGAUGGGUUCUAUCCAACCGUGGCUACCUCCAGUAAUAUUUGGCGUAGGACCAUUAAUAGGCGCCAUACUCUGUUUCUUUUUACCAGAAACAAUGAACUGUGAAUUGCCAGAAACAAUAGAGGAUGGUGAAAAUUUUGGAAAGAGGAAAGGUAAAGAACGUACAUCAACGUGAUGUACAAGAUGGAUAAUGAAUGGUAUAUAAUACCUUUUGCCAUUGUAAUUCGAAUACUAAAAAAUGAUAUUAUGAUAUCAAAUAUUGGAAUGAGUUUUAAAGCUCAAUUUUAUCUACUUAGCUGUGUUAUCAAACUAUCGAGUCUAAUACCUUGUCUAUGGAAAAGAUUGAUAAUAGUCUAUCACAUUUUUCUUCAUUACAGCGUAAUGAAACAUUGCGUUUAAAGAGAAAGAAAACUUUUAUAUAUACUUUCGCACGUAAUUUAUACUGUUAUUGCACACAGCCACACACACACACAUAUACACACAAUAACAGUAUAAAUAUCGUUAUAGUAUUAAAAUUUUGUAAAAUUUAAAAGUUUUACAAACAUCAUAUAUUUGCGUCUACAUUGCGCUAAAAAUGUAAUAUUUUCGAGAUUUAAUCAGAUUAGAAUAUAAUAUUUUCGCAAAUACUUAACAAUAUUACCUCUUAAUUCAAAAUAAUUACAAACACUAUGCUCGCAAUAGUAGCAACAUAUACAGUGUCUACUUGAGAUUCAAAGAUGCAGCGGUUUAUUUAUGCUGCAAUGUCUAUAAUUAAUGUACAAUUAUUAUUGUAACAUAUACAAAGAGUUAUGUUAUAUAUGUUAUAGUAAUACACUUCUACCUUUCAUAGCAUAUUUUGUAAGUUAUAAAUUAAUAGAAACGAGAAAUAUUGGCUUAUUAUAUCACAUAUAAUAAUAGGUUAUCUUAUCAGUAUUUCACUAAAAGUAAAAAUAACGGAAUAUAACUUAAUAUUGCUAAGUUUUCGAGAGUUUUCACGCUUCUAAGUAAUAGCUAUGUGUAAUGGCGAUAAAUUCACACAUUUCAUUACACUUAUACAGAUCUCAACCCAAAUAUAUACAAAAAUUCAAAGACAAUAUAAUAUCGUUUGUGCGUGAAAAUGAAUGUAAUAGAAAUCUUUAAACUUUGCAAUACAUUGAAAAUUUAAGAAAAGUUUACUACUCUCCAGUUAUAACAUAUUUAUAUAAAAAGGAAAAACACUAUAAUAAAUAAGUUCAAAUGAGCUUUUCGCAAGUUUUAUGCGUCAGCGUUAGAAGAUAGAAUAUUGAGAUUGUUCGAAACAAGACGCAAAGUCUGACAAUACAUAACGCUGAUAUUAGAUAACAACGUCUAACUUUUUGGAGCCGAAUAAAAUAUUUUUGUUGGGUAAUACACUCACCACACCGUUAGUUCGUUUAUGUACAGCAUCGAACAUCUGAUUUCCAUACUUAACAGUGCUACUUAAAGAUCCCAACCAAGAGGACACAAUACUUUUUGAAGGUGUCUUCUCCACAGUACACGCUGUGCCUGAAAUAAUAUUUUUUUAAUUAUAUGCAUAAGAUAUAAGUUAUAUUGUUACAAAAGUAUACUGUGCUCGAUGAAUGACUAGUAACUUUUAUAUAAAAAAGUGCUUUAUACGAGAAAAAUGGGUAAAAUAAAACUUACCUAUCAAGAAUUUGAUAAUUGCCUUAUUUACAGCAUCCGGUUUCUCCUGAUGCGGAAAAUGCUGUGCAUUCGGUAUAACUUUGACGUUCGACGUCUCUAUGUAUUCGGAACUUUGAAUAAUAGUUUCUAUUUUUACAAAGGGAUCCAUAUUUCCCACAAUCAGUAACGUCUUGUUGUCAAUCUGUUUGAGUAUAUUUAAUUUUAUGAAUGGGAAAUUGCGAUAAUAAUUAAUUGGUCCUGUCCAGUCCUCUAUAAAAUAUGGUUCUCAUUUUUUAUAUGCAUAAAAGCAAUGGAAAAAGAAUGAUAAUGUUAUAUGAAGAUUAAUUCACCUGUUCUACUAAAGGUGUAUUUAUAUGCUUCAACAUAAUUUUUUCCGGGUUCAUUCUGAGAUAUCUGAAGAUGUUGAAAUGUAUCAUUGAUUAUAGAUAAAUCUUCCUUAAGUGCGUCUAUUUCUGGUAGAAAGGGCAAUCUACUAAAAUGUAUCCAUCUAAAAUGACAAAUUGUUCGGACGAUUAUAAAGUGUGUAAUUGUAAUAUUUAAGAAGAUAUCUUUUAGGAAGUUUAAAUUUACGCAUUAAAUAUAUAAUCUCGGAAAUAUUCGUAAAUAUAUUCACUUUCUAUCUAACGUAGAAUUUCCUGAUACUCUGUUCCAAUAGAGAUUAGGAUGCGGACUCGAAAUAGCCACAAAUUUGUAAACAAGAUCUCCAUGCAGAGCAACCAUAUACCAUCCCAAAAGCCCUCCUAGAUCAUGGCCGAUUAUACUACACGUUUUCACUCCGAGAGCUAAAAUGAAUUCUUUCAAUUCGUCUAAUAUGAUUUCCACCUUAUAAAAUCGCCUGUUGAAUGGCUUGUCACUAUCGCCGAAUCCCUUUAAAUCCAAAGCCACUACCCUGAAACAGCACGAAAUAUAUAUUAUAAUCGAUAACGAUCUUUUAUUUAUAAUCGAUACAUCGAAGUAUAUAAUAUAUUGUAAAAAAACCUGUAAUGUUCCGCGAAAUGCUGGAUUUGUUCGCGCCAGGAUAACCAGCAAUCUGGGAAUCCAUGUAACAAUAACAACAGCGAUUUAUCUUUAGAUCCCGCUUCUACGUAGUGAAAUUUAACGCCCUGAAAUAAAAAGAAAUGAAAAGCAAGCUAUAUAAAUGACAGAUAUGCGUAGAUACAUGUGUAUCUCAUCUAUUUUCAUUUUGUAUGCAAUAUUUAAUUAAUUUUAAUACUUUCUUCUUUAGUACUAAUUGAUUCAUAGUAAACAGAAAAUGAAUCUAGAAAUUUAUAAUUUUUGUUCUUGUAGGAUAUUCUAUCAUUUUACGAAAUUUAUUGUUGUACUUUAUUAUCGCUGUUUAUUUUACGAAUAUACACUGUUUAAUACGCACGAUAUCGUUGCAAUUAUGAUAAAUAUUAUAAUGUCAUGUGACACCGUAAAUUAAAUCAGACGCUCAUAUAAAUGCACAUAAAAUAUAACAACCUUUAGUGCUGUGACUCAAUUUUUCCUGACAAUAUAGUCUUUAUGAUUUUUUUUUAUUGAAAGCUUCUCCUUUAUAGACUAAACAAUUCGAUAUCAUCGCAUUUUUUAAAUUUGUGAAUAAAAGGCACACAAUGACUUUAUAAUUAUUCAUUUCAUAGUUAGUACUUCUCAAUUUGAUUGCACUUGUCGUUUGAAAACCAACGCAGAGGGAAAUUCACUUGACAAAACUAAUGGAAAAUUUGCGCAUGUUAUAAUAAUAUAGAUAUCUAAUUAUUAUUAUAAGAAAGCUAUUUGUUAACUAUACUAUACGUAAUAUGUAUUGUGAAACAUAGCAAUGUACAUCAAAUUUCUAUCACUCAGAUCUGCUGUGAUAAUUAAUAUCAGAAGUUCAUGUCGAAUUGCAUUACAAAAAAAGAAACAAAAAUCAGUUAAAUAUAGUCGUUUAUCGCAAAAGGCCGUUCCUCGGUCGAGAUGUUGUAAAUCAUGAAUCGUGUGCAACGUUUUAUUCUUUUGACUUCGCGAGUGUCAUCUGUGCUCGUGAUAUCCCGAUAUCACGACAUGAGGCCGGCGCUAUGAUUCUCUGUCAGAACGUGAUAGGUCUCAAUUAGUUUUGAUUUAUAUUGUUACAACGAACGUUAUUCUGAGAUGACACAAGUGUGAAUAAUUUGGCUUACAUUGCGUAACUGUCAAAAAAGACUCGAAGGCUUCACUGCAAGAAUGAGGAGUCUACAAUUUCUUUAAAAUAUAAACUGCGUUGAAAAUAAUUCUUACAGAUAAAAUCCUCCGCUUAUAUCAGAUAAAAAGCUUAAUAUCACUACGAGUGUUCUGUGGAAGUGAUUUUGAAAUUACCACAGACACGCGAGCUUGUGUUUCGAGUGCAGCCUGUUGAACCUGUUGUGCCAUCGCGAGUUAUCGUUAAGGUCACAAAGAAAUACAUUUAACUCAUAUCUCGCGUUAAUAUUUACUCAUGCCACCCGAAGAUGACGGAUACUGCUCGCAUGAGUACAUCGCAAGAUCGAUACGUCUGCAGUGUAAUUUUCUUACCUUGACUUUCACGUAGGAAUGCGUUCCGAGGCUGUUGUCGAUUAGACACGUUGGCGGUCGAUCCCGUUGUCGCAGCACGAAGAACUUCUUGGGAUCCCAUGCCCAUUUGAGUAGUCGCUUAGCGAUCAAGUAAAGGCCGUAGGCAAAGGACAAGAAGUGCAGCUGAAUUGUUUCGAAUAUAGAUGGGCGCACAAUCUUGUCGUCCAUGAUGAUCGCACGAUCGAGAAAUCGUGACCCGAUCGAAGUCCGGUACACCGAUGUAACUGCGUUAAACAAAAAUCCUGUCGGGAACCUGUUUCACUUCUUGUGAUGACACUCAAAAUGUCUUCUGUACAAACAGCAAGCUAAAGUGCUCGAACGCUUGUGUGUACGCACGUCGGCGACACGUGCGUUUCGUUAUGUGUGUGAAACAGAGAAAGAGAGAGUGCGUGAUAUCGCGCCCCACGGGUCGUGACGUCCCGCGCGUUUUGUAUUUCGUGAAAGUCUCGUAUUCUUUUUGAAAUAAAAUGUAGUUAUACACAGUAUCACCUCACAAAAUCGGCUUGCAAUUUGGCGAUUUAUGGAAGAAACAGUAUAUCAGUUGUUGGACCUGAUAGUUUCUUUAAUUGAAACACGCUGUAUCUUCGAUAUUUCGCGACACAGUUUUUCUAAUUUUUAAUUUUUUUUAGAAACUACAAUACUGACGAUGAAAUAUGGAUAUUGACUGCUCAUGAAAUACGAUAGUACGACACUGAUAAUGACGGAAUCGGACUAGAUGCUUUCAACACACAGCUUUAACCAAGUUACGCUCAGAAUGACGCAACGAAUCACGUUGAAGAUCGAUAUCUAGCGGUUCACUGGCAUGGAUUUAAGCGUUAUCGCUGUCUGGUAGUGGAGUGGGUAUUAUUGAUUGGACUUCUCAAUCGUAUGAGAGCAGAGACCAUUGCGACUAAGUAUCUUCUUGCUGAAUCUGUUCUCGGAAAGAUGCGUAUCACUUUGAAAAUAAUUUUAUCGAUGUGUCUCAGGACAUAUUUACGAAUUUCUUCCACAGGCGCAUUUUCCUUCGCAAACAUGAUAUUUUGACAUCUGUAGAUCCAUCUGAUGAUAAGUUUUGAUAGUGAUGAAUUAAUUCCUGAAAGAAAGAAUGGAGAAGAAUAUAGAAGUAUAUAAAAAUUAAAAAAAAGCUGAAAUGUACAUGUGAAAUUUUCUUCAAAAUUUUACUCUGCUAAUAUUUUUGCACCGGCAAUAUUUUAUAGUUCUAAAUUGUGAGAGAGAGAUUAUUUCAAUACAUUAUAUAAAUUUACUAUUUCAAGAAUUGAAAUUAGAAAUUUACUUUCUAUUUCAAGAACAUAUGAAUCAAUGAGACUACAAAAAUCAUUUGCUUCUUUUAUCGUAUAUCGAAAGAUAUAAUACGUAAUUCGUGCAACAGAAGAAGGAAAUUAGUCACAUAUUAUUAAGUGAUGCAAUGCAGAGUCCAAAAGUAUUAUUCAGAAAUUCCAUUCUCGGAAAACGUUUUGUCGAUUACGAACCAUUAUUCGCUUGCCUAAUUUCGGUUACACAUACACGGCCAACAGUUCCUUCUCCUUUACAGAUGAUCGUCAUGCGUAGUGUGUCGUGGAAAGUUUAAAUUGGCAGCCGACUGCUGUUGAACUGUGGACUGCUGUUGAACUGUACACGCGCUAUCUCACUUCAACUCGUCGACGUGACAUACAAUAGCGUAACUAUAUUUAUCUUUUUGAUUGUGAAGCGUGUAUUCCAAUGUCUGUGACUCACAUACUUCCAGAACUACAUAAUCUCCUCUUCCGCGGAUGAAAUUUCAGAUUAAGAUUUGUCUGUAUCUUAUCAACGUUUGAAAUGUAGGCUCUGCAGUUUCACGCAGUUUUGAUUUUCCAAAUUCUUGCUAAAAGAUCUUGUUGUUCAAAGCCGUUUUGUUUCAAUGUGUGUGUAUUUCCCCAAUUUGUUAUCUAUAUUUAUAACAAAAAAUUAAAAAUUUGUAAAAUAUUUCUAUGCAUCUCUUGACUUAUAGUUCUAGUAAUAAAAUUAUAUUUUUAGUGUGAACGUAA